AUGGAUCUCGUGGGAGUCAACUAUGGCCGUCUUGCGUCCAAUCCUCUCCCUCAUGACGUAGCCAUCCGAAAGAUCAAGGAUGUCGGUGCAAAUGCAAUCAAGCUCUUCGACAGCGACUCCGCUACUCUGGAUGCAUUGUUGAAUUCGGGCCUCGUGGUCAUGACUGCGAUUCCAAACAGAGAAUUGCACAAGUAUGCUUACGACCCAGCAGCUGCACCGGCAUAUGUGUCUUUCAUCAAGCGAUACAUCGAAAGAAACGUGCUCAUUCAAUACGUGGCAGUUGGCAAUGAAAUCACGGCAAGCUGGUUCGGGGGUCAAUUCGAGCCCCUCAUCAUGCCUGCUUUGAUCAACAUACAGAAAGCCUUGGAUGCAGGCGGUCUCAGGAACAGGGUCAAGUUGGUGGUGCCACUCGAUCUCUCCAUCCUGUCAGUCUCAUACCCACCCAGCGCAGGAGAGUUCCGUCCAGAGCUAACUGGUCUCAUGAAGGACCUGCUCUACUUCUUCCGACAUAACGGGGGCUGCCCGUUCGUCAUCAACAUCUACCCUCAGAUAACCAAGAUCGAGAACCCCGGCAUACCGCUCGACUUCGUCCUGCUCGAGGGCCAGCAGCAUGGUUACUGGGACGAUGGAAAGUUUUACAAGAACCUGCUGGAGGCGCAAUUGGACGCGGUGUAUCAUGCGAUCCGCAAGGUGGGCUACGAAACCGAUAAUCUGAUGCUCGGCGAGAUCGGCUUUGCGACCGGUGGGGCCGAGGUAGCCACCUUCGAGAACGCCAGACGCUUCCUCCGAAACUUUGUUAAUCGGCGGCGAGACGGGACUCCCUUAAUCAGGAAGAGUAUCCCCGCCUUCCUCUUUGCCUUCAUCGACGAGGACCUGAAGGACACCUGCGGAGGACACAGUAACGUCGACUCUGGACACUGUGGCUUUCUCGGUCAUUAUGGAAAAGAUGUCGCUGCGGUGUCCGAGGACCUGUGGGCGGACGGUCUCGCAUGUGGCGCUUGCUUCCAGUUAGAAUGUAUCAACAGCACUGCAUGCCAUGCGGGCGUGAAACGUACGGUUACCGUGACCGACAGUUGCAUAGGCUGUGGAGGAUUUACGGACAAGGGCAUCGAACCGGGUCAGCAUUUCGAUCUGAGCCGGACGGCGUUCACAGCCAUCGCUGAUGAAAGCGCCGGCUUUAUCCAGGUGAAGGCUCGGAGGGUGGCAUGCUCGGGUCUCUCGACCUCCGUGUACGUGCGGGGAACCGAAUGGUGGUUGGAGGUCCGCUUCAUGGGUCUGCCAGGAGAAGCAGGGAAUGCGGAACACGUCACUAUCACAGAUCCUCAGGGGAUAGUGAGGGACCUGGCAAAGAGUUGGGGCGGUGCGUUCGAGACGAUCGGACAGAGACUGGAGGCCCCUCUGUCGUUGACCGUAGUGGAUGGAUUCAACAGCACGUGGUCGUUCCCAAAUGCCAUUCCUCGAGGGUGGACGAGCGACCGAGCUUUCGAGACUCAAACGGAAGCAUCGCCGCGCGGGAGAGAGCUCUUUGCUGCAGGUGGGGUGGAGUGUGCGAAAAAUGUUGCCUUUCAGGCUUCGGGACCCAGAGGAGGGAGAGAGCUCGUCGAGCAGCGCGAGGACUACAGGGUUCCGGAAGCCGAGAAAGAGAGAGAGAUAUUGAACGACUUUCGGGAAUGCCACAUGCCUUAUCAAGCCGCACGAAACGCAAAAUUCGAAUGUUUGCAGUUGUCGAAAAAGAUGUCGACGAUAUUUCUCGAGGUGGGAAAGCUUAAAGAGGAUGCAGUUGGAGCUACUGCCUCACCUACCUACUCUACAAGUCUUGGACGUGCGAUCCGAAAGCCAGCAUGUCGAGGCUGGACAUCACUGGACACGCUUGAUUCUCGGACGGACCGUCCGAAAUUUUUCGUCUACUUAGGAGAGGGUUGCUUUCUCACGAUCGUCAUUCCAACGAUGGCGCCCAAGAAGAGCAGCGACUACGUCGUCCUCAGUCACACCGAGCACGUGCGUCUGAGACCGGACACAUACUUGGGCCGGACCACUCCGGAGACGGCCACGCUCUAUGUAGCGGACGGCCCCAGCAGCAUAAGGCUGCGUUCGGUGUCUGACUUCGUGCCCGGGCUCUACAAGAUAUUCGACGAGGUGCUGGUCAACUGCAUCGACCAGUCCAAGGUAGACGACAGUCUCACCAAGAUCAAGGUUUCCAUAGACCAGGAAGCAGGAAAGGUUACUGUGUACAACGAUGGAAGAGGCAUUCCGGUAGAGAAGCAUCCGAGCAUGACGGACUGCUUCACUCCCGAAGUGAUAUUUGGAGUCCUGCUGCCCGGUUCCAAUUAUGACGACAGCGUGGAGCGGGUGGUGGGUGGGCGCAACGGUCUGGGGGUCAAGCUCACGAAUAUCUUCUCCACACUGUUCGAAUUGGAAGUGGUGGACUCGGAGAGGAGCCUAAAACUCACGCAAAAGUGGAACAAGAUGCAGAGGAAAGGAGAACCAAAGGUGACCCGUCUGAGAGAGAAUCACAAGACUGCGAGCUACGUGAAGGUGGCAUUCGUCCCGGAUUUGUCCUAUUUCGGAGUGGAGAGGCUGAGCGAUGCACUGGUGGCUUUCUUCCACAAGCGAGUUCUGGACGCCGCUGCUUGUACGCCCGAGAGGGUCGGCGUGUAUCUGGACGGCAAGAAGGUCGGGGUGAAGUCCUUCAACGACUACGUUUCCAUGUACAUAGGAAGACCGUCCGAGUCUCCUCGUGUGGAGAUCGAUGCGGGACCUCGUUGGAAGGUCGUCCUGGCGAGAGCUCCAACGACGGAGGAUGCAGAAGAGUAUCGCAGCGGCGACCUGCAAGUAUCCUUCGUCAAUGGGGUGCUGACGGCUGGGGGAGGGACGCACGUGGAGCACGUGAUGAGCCUCUUCUUGAAACAGGCACUCUCCCUCUUGGAUGCCAAGGCAGGCAGUGGAGUGGCGGGCGCCCUCAGGAGUGCGCUUCUCCUCUUCGUAGACGCUACCCUGGUCAAUCCGACCUUCGACAGCCAGACUAAAGUGAGGCGGCGUGCGGCAGGAUCUCUUCUUCCUCCGACCCGAGCACUCUAG